ACAAUGGCAGACAAUGCCAGCUAUACGUACUUAAAUAUUUCACAGUGUAAAUAUUUAAUUCUGUCACCCUUUGAAUCUUUAAUAGAGAUAGCCGCUAUUCAGAACACAAGUGACGAUACAUAAGUUAAAUAAAUCUCAGUGGAUACGUUUUAAGAUAUCAUAGAUGACAGUUGAAAAUGACCCGUGUGAUAAGGUGAAACAUGAGAAAGCAGAGAGCUCAGUAUUUGGAUGGACCAGAAGUACAAGACUUUGACGACAGCGACGACCUGCCGGAAAGAUGGCAGACCGAGGAGGACCUUUCUUCGGAAGUGCCCACGGAUGACGGGUACCCGGAUGUUUCAUAUCCACUAUCCCCGGUUCCCUUGGAUUCGGCGUAUGGAUACCCGGCGUCUGGAUUCAAGCUGCACUACCAGCGACCCCCCAGACGUCCAGAUGAGAAGAGUCACUCCUCUCACAUAUACAAUCCGGCAAUGCCGUUGUCAGCAACGAUCCCCGGUGGAGCGGAAAUAGGAAGACGGAUCUCUAUAGAGGGCGUGGCAGGUCAGCAAAAGUUCUCUGUGCAGCUGACCGACUCGUACCAGGUUGACGUGGGCCUGUUCCUUAGUCCUGUCAUACACUGGGGCGCGGACUCCGGUACUGUUGUACUGAACAUCCGCUGCUCUGGUUCCUGGGGGCGCGAAAUUAGAGAAAAAGACAACUUCCCAUUCGAAGCUGAUGAAAAGUUCACUAUUGAAAUCAUAUUUCGGGAGGAUCAAUAUGAAAUUGUAGUCAAUAACCACCAGACGUACGAGUUCCCUCACCGUCUCCUCCCAACAGAGAAGUUUCAAACAUUAGUUGUAGAAGGUGACGUCAGACUUUGUCACGUGAAGUUCUUAUAAGAGAGAUUACCUUGAAAAUGGACGUGGAUUAUCUACAGCUGAUUUUCUGAUGUUCGGGUGUGCCACUUCAGGAUAUCAACUUGUAGGCACACUGAAAAGAAAGAUUGUUGAAGAAUUCAAGGCGUCCUUUGUCAUCAUCAGUCUAACGAAGACCUAUUUUUGUAACUCAUUACCUCGUACAUAUAGCUGCAUUUAUAUGAUAGACUUCGACCAAUCCAAUGUGAACUUAAAAUAUUUGUAUGACAUAUGUAUAGAUUUUACUUCAGAAUUCAUAACCUGCGUUAUAUUAUUUGCAUUUAGUUACCAAUAGGGCAAUCUCUCUUUAUUUUUAACAAUUGCAUGAUUAUUCAAUAAAAUGAAUGCUAUCGAACAACAUCUUGAAAAAGAGAAUGAGAAAUACAUACGUGUUGUAAAAUUUUUCGUAAUAUAGGAUAAUAGGUAAAGAAAAUACAACCACACGCAAGCACAAAUUACAACUGUAAACUUUUGAGUUGCUCCUAUUGAGGGAGUAUUCACAAUAUUUUGAAUUCAAUUUCGUUUCAUAGGUUCAAAUUUUGUUUAGAGACAUAAUAUUGGAUUCGAACCUAGUCUAAAACAUACAUGUGGUACUUCCUCAAAUAAUGUGACCAGAAAUAUAGGCUUAUAUAGUUGAACAAUGCAAAGUUAAGAGGGUUUUAAAUUAAAGUUAAAAUCUAUGCUUAUUGAUUUAAAAAUCAAUAAUCUAUCCGUAUUUAUAUACAUUUAUACCAGUAUAUAUAUGAGUUGUUGUUUUAGUAUACAUGAAUAAUUUAGAAUUAGAGCAUCUUUUUAAUUAUUGAGUUACAAGUUACUCUUCUUUUUAAAAUUCUUCAUACUUUAGUUAAACUUCUUUUACGAGUACUAAUUUUAAUUAAACA